AUGGGUGGAGAAGAGCUCAUUUUUGAAGGAUGUAACUUUUUUCGACAAAGGUUGACUUACUCUGUAUUGAGUGGUCGUCCUGUUCUUAUUCGAAAUAUAAGGAAAGAUGAUGAUGCUCCUGGUAUAAAAGAUUUUGAAGCGAAACUUUUGUCGCUUCUGGAAAGGGUUACAAAUGGGACCAGAGUGGAAAUUAAUGCAACUGGUACCGAAGUACGAUUUCGACCCGGUAUCAUUACGGGCGGAGUUUCAACUAUGGAUUGUGGAUCUGAGCGGUGUUUAUCCUACUUCCUGGAGCCUAUGAUAAUUCUCUCACCAUUUUGUAAGAACGCGAUGACGUUGAAAUUAAAAGGAGUCACAAAUGCCCCUAAUGAAGUUUCUGUGGACGCAAUUAAAGCUACAUGGUUAACAGUAUAUAACAAAUUUGUUAUUAAUGAUGAAAAAUUAGAGUUGAAGAUUAGCGCUAGAGGUUUGAAACCUGCGGGUGGUGGAUGCGUCACAUUUUCGGCUCCCAUAGUUAAGAUUUUGCGACCCAUACAGAGGGAGAAACAAGGAAAAAUAUGCAAAAUUCGCGGACAAGCUUAUGUUACGAAAGUUACUCCUUCACUCGCGUACCGGAUGAUUGAUGCUGCAAAAACAAUGCUUCAUGGUUAUAUUGCUGACGUUUACAUCACCGUAGAUCAACGUAAAGGUGAUGCAGGAGGAAACUCACCUGGAUACGGUUUAUUCCUAACGGCUGAAACCACUGAAGGAGUUGUAUAUCAUGGCGAAGCGAUUUCGAGACCUAAAGGAGAGCCUGGUGACCCUCUUAUACCGGAAGAUGUGGGUUCAAGCGCAGCUACAGCCUUGCUUGAAGAGAUUUAUAGGGGAGGUUGCUUGGAUAGUUCUGCCCAAAUGUUAGCGUGCUCAUUUAUGGCCCUUGGACAAAAGGACAUUUCUAAAUUUCUAUUCGGACCCUUAACAGUGUAUUGUGUACAUUCGUUGCGACAUCUGAAGGACUUUUUUGAAAUCCAAUUCAAAGUAGAUGAGUGGAGCACGUUAAGAAAAUUGAAUAAUUCAAAAGAGGACGAAGAUGAAUUACGGUUAGCAAUGGCUUUUGGUUUACCUAUGUGUGAUGAUGUAUGGCGAUUUUUUGUCGAAGAAGUCGACAAUAAUGCGGAACGUAAACAUAACACUAGCAAUAUUUCUGAGUGGGAAUGGAUCUGGCUCACGCAGGUCGACCCUCUUCCCAGAAAAGAAGUGGAUUUAUCUGAUCUAUUUGCUCCUGCUGUUCAGUUUACCUUAAGAUGCAACGAAUAUUGGAUUGCCAUGCGUCCGGUACAGGAUUUUCCGAGGAAACCUCCAGAGGUGAACUGUGCUUACCAGCAAGGAUUUUUCUUUGAAUGGUUUUCUGGUGAAGAUGGUGUUGAACAGCCUUCAACUCUCAGUAAACUUGUUCAGUCCUAUCGCGAGUACUGCGAAGUUCUUGACUCGGCAAUUUCGCAAGUAAAAUUAUUGGAUAAUGAGGUUUUUACAUUGCUUGGAUAUUCUUUGGAUGAAAACGAUAAUGAAUGUAUUGCUGUAAAGUUGCGCCCUAAGGCAGUAAGUGAUGAAACGAUAACCUUACUUAUUGACUGGGGAAAUCCACGAGAGUUUCCGCGCCACAUGUCUAGCACAGAUGAAGAAAGAUUUUCCAAUUUGGACUGUGAAAAGUGGGAUUCUAAUGAUGAUUUGCAUGUGAACAUGAGGAGAAUGUUAGAUGUUGAACCUAGUGAAGAAUUCAUGUUUGACGACUAG